AUGGAGGACCGAAAAAAACUCCGUGCUUGCAGAAAAAGUGAAAAACCGCAAGAUGUACAACAAGUUGAGUUACGCCCACAAUUUCUGGAACUUGAAGCCACAAUGGAUAUAAAUAUAAUAAAUCAACGUAACACUAGUGGCAAAUCAUCGCAGAAAACGAAGAAGCUUCCAACCCAAAAGAGUGACAAGGUAUCAUCUGAAAAGACCGACAAGCGGCCAGCACAAAGGAGCAGGAAGCUUUCGACGCAAAAAGCUGAUAAUGGUCCAUUUCAGGCCGAUAAAAAAGUUGCAUCUAAAAAACCUGACACAAUUCCACCCCAAAAGACUAAAAAAUUUAAAUCUCUGAGCACCGGGAGUAUACAUUCAAAAAUUGAUAAACGUUUACCUAAGGAGACCAACAAACCCUUUACUGAGAAAACUCAGAAGCAUCCACAUCUAAAGAUAGACAAACUUGUAUCUCAUAAUACUGAACCUCUACUUCCACAGAGAGAGAUAGAAAAUCUUCCUUCUCAGAAGGGUAAAAAGCUUCCACCUAAAAAUACUGAUAUAGUUUCGCUGCAAAAGCCAAGUAAGUCUCCCCUUUACAAAUCCAAUCAGUUUCUUUCUCAGAAACCGAACAGAGAUCCACGAAAUAUUGGCAAGCUUGAACACCAGAUCAAGCUUCCUCAGUAUGUUUACAAGACUCCACCUCCAAAGAUUGACGUGUUUCCAUUUCCGGUACAGACCAGCGCGCUUCAAUUUUACAAGAUCCCCAAGCUUCCACCGCAAAAACCCGAGAUACUUCCAUCACAAAAGGUUGACAAAAGUGUCCAGUAUCAGAAGACCGACGUGCUUCCUCAAGGGCACACACGAGAGCGACAAUCUAGGCACUCCAGAGACAAGUCCAACAGGUCUCCAAUGCGUAAAAGCGACAAACAUCGACACACUGAUAGGUCCGGACAUAAGAGGACACAUACGCAUUCAUCUAAGCAGUCAGAUGAGGUUUUACCUCACAAAACUCACAAGCGUUCACCUCGGGGAACCAGCAAAAAAUCACAGAAAACUGGCAAGUCUUCUGAUCAGAAAACGGUCGUGCCUUCACAUCAGCAGACAAUUGAACUACCAUCUCUGCAGACCAGCGAGUCUUCAGUUCACAAAAUUCAAAAAGUGUCACCUCAAAGAACCGAGAAGCUUUCACUGCAAAAGGAAGACAAACAUCGAUCACACAAACGUGACAAGCAUUCACCUCGGAGGACCAGCAAACGACCAAAAAAUAUUGACAAGCCUUCAGAUCAGAAAACUUUAAGUCAGCAGACAAAUGAACUACCAUCUCAGCAGAUUAGUGAAUUUCCCCCUUGCAAGAUCAGAAAAGUGUCUCUUCAGAGAACCGAAAAACAUCCUUCUCAGAAGAAUGACCAAACUUUACGUCAUAAAAGCUAUAAGUUUUCACUACCAAAAAAAGGCAAAUGUUCAUGUCAGAAGAUCGGCGAGCUUCCACCUCAGCAAACCGCAGAGACUCCAUCUUGCAGGAGCCAUAAGUCUCUAUCUCAGGAAACUAUUAAGCUUACGUCGGAGAAAACUGACAAGGUUUCAUCUCAGAAGACCGACGAACUUUCACGUCAGCAAACCGACGAGCUUUCACUUCAACUGACCGGCAGCCUAACAACUCCGCUAAUUGAAGGAAUUCAAACUCCGCCGACGGAGGAGUAUGCGUCUCAGCUGGCGUGCAGCCUUCCAAUUUUGCCGAUCGAAAAGAUUUUAUCUAAAUCAAUCGACACACUUCUACCUCUGCCAACCAGUGAAAUUCCAAUUCGGCUGAGCGGAGACCUUCCACUUCAACGGAUCGGCCGGUGUCCAACUCCCAUGACUGCGUGGCUCCCUCCUCAACUAUCCGGCAGUUUUCUAUCGUGGACUGGUCGAUAUCCAUCAAUGCCAACCGGAAACCGUCCAUGUCACACGAUCGGCAGACUUCCAACUCCGCCGACCGUGGAGCUUUGGUGUCAGCCUACUGACAGGAUAUCAAAUUUACCGACUGAGGGGGUUCCAUCUGAACCGAUCACCACGCUUCAUUGUACGCGGACCGUGGGGCUUCCACCUCAACUGACUAGCAGGCUCCGACGAACUCCGACGACAAAGGUACUUCCAACUCAAACUACCGGAGGGCUUCCACCUUCGCCUAUCGGAGAACUUCUACCUCAACGGACCAGCAGACUUCCAACUCCGACGACCGCCUGGCUCCCACCUCAACUCUCCGGUAGUUUUUUAUCGUCGGCCGGGCGAUAUGCAACACCACCGAACCGGAGCCUUCCACCUCAACCAAUUGGCAAACUUCAAACUUCAAUCUGGCGGUUUCCAACUCCACCAACCGGGGAGUUUGUAUCUCCAUUGAUCGGAAAGCGUCCACCUCAACGGACCAUUCAUCUAUCAAUAACGAACAGGCGCUUUCCAAUUUCGCAUACCGGAGAAGUUCUGCCUGGACAAACCAGUUCGCUUCCAAGUCCGUCGACCGUGGAGCUCCCACCUCAACUCACUCGCAGCUAUUUACCGUCAGCCGGGAGGUUUUUAACAUCGUCGACUGUGGAGUUACUACCUCAACCAACAGGCAGUCUUUCUACGUCAGCUGGGCAGUUUUCAGCUUUGGCAACCGGGAAACUUUUAUUUCAAUCAACUGCAGGGUUGCCACCACAACCGACCAGUAAGUUUCCGAAUUUGCCAAACGUGGGGCAUCCAUCUCAAUCGACUCUCAGCCUUCCAUUACCAAUCGAGCGACCGACCCGGGUGUUUCCAACUACGCCAAUCAAGAGGUUUCCACAUCAACCAACCGGGAAUCUUCCAAUAUCGGCUGGGCAGUUCCCAACUCUGCUGACCGGAGAACUUCCGUCUUUACCAACCGAGGGCAUUCCACCUCAAUCUAUCAGCAAUCUUUCGAUUUCGACCGGACGGUUUCCAUGUUUGCUGACCAAGAAGUUUUCAUGUCAGUCGACCACAGUGCUGCCACUGCAACCAACCAGUGGGCUGCCGAAUUCGCCAACUGUGGAGCAUCCACCCCAAUCGACUCUCAGCGUUCUAAUGCCAAUUGAGCGGUUACCAACUCCGCCAACCGGGGUGCUCCCAAGUCCGCCAAUCGAGAGAUUUUCACCUCAUCUAACUGGCAAUCUUCCAUUGUCUGCCGGGCAGUUCCCAGCUCCGUUGACCGGGGAACUUCCAGCUCCGUCAAUCGAAGGGUUUCCACUUCAACCAACUGCCAAUGAUCCAAUAUCGGUCGAACUGAAUUCUCCGUUGUCCGAAGAGCAUCCGCAUGUUUUAACUAAGGGCUUUCUACCUCAACCGACAGACAGUCUUAUCACUCCGCCGACCGGGGUACUCCCAAGUCUACCAAUCGAGAGAUUUUCACCCCAACCAACCGGCAAUCUUCCAGCUUCGCCAAUCGAAGAGAUUUCACUUCAACCAACCGACCAUAUUCCAUUAUUGGUCAGACAGUUUUCUCCGUUGCCCGAAGAGCAUGCACAUGUUUCAACUAAGGGUUUUCUGCCUCAACCGAGAAACAGUCUUAUUACUCCGCUAACCGAAGAAUUUCCAAUUUCACCAACCGAAAAGCUUUCCCUUCAUCCAGUCGGCAAGCCUUCAACUCCACCGAUCGAGGAGCUUUCAAUGGAGGAUAUAAUUCUUCAGAUGACCCGCAACUUUGCUCGUGAAAUCAAGGAGAUGUGUCCUAAGCGGACCAAGCGGAUCAAGAAGAACAAGCCUUUACGUCAGCAGACUGGCGUGCUUUCAAUUCAGCAGACCCAAGAGCCCUUACGUCAAUUUACCGACGAGUUCCAGCCUCAGCCAACCGGCGGUCUUCCACUUGAUUGUCCCGGCAAGCUUCUAAUUCAACCAACCGGCGGGCUUUCACCCCAUGAUCCUUGUGAGCGUCGACGUGAGCCAAACGACGUGACGCCACCGCCGCCGAUUGAAGAAUUUUCACCUCACCAGUCUAGUGAGGUUCAACUUCAGCCGACUGAUAGCUUUUCAUCUCGCCAGGAUAGUAAACACAUACUGGAACCUAUUGGGGGCUUUCCAUCAGAGGACACUGGUCGGCAUCUUCAGUCAGCGGGCGCGUUUCCACCUCACCUGUCUGACGUGCUUCUAUCUCAGAAGCCCGUUGAGCAAUUGAGCGGGUGUUCACCUCAACAUUCCGAUGAGAUUCCACAUCAAGAGAUUGGCGAAAUUUUACCCCAGCUCAUCAACGACAGUAUAUCUCAGCAACUCUGUGCACUUCCAUUUCGGCCGACCAAUGCAACACCAGCCCAACCGAUUGACGCAAUUCUGGCCCAUCCUAUUGACACAGUUUCACCUCAACAAGCCAGUCAGAUUCAACUUCAGCCAAUGGACGGCAAUUUAACCCAGCAAGAUGUUCCAUAUUUUCAUCAGCCAACCGGUGUGAUUCCACCACAGGAUAUAGACUUGGUUUUGUCCCUACCAAUUGAAGGAUUAGCACCUCAACAGCCUAAUGAAUUUCAACCUCAGACAACACGUGAAAAUUUACUUCAGCAGACUUGUAAAUCUUCUCUUCAGCCGAGCGGCAUCCAGGAAAUAGAGGUGUUUUCAGCCCAGCAUUCAUCUCAGUCGCCACACCUUAGUAUGCCUCAACUCCAACCCUCGACUAAGUCACCACUUCAGCCGACCGGCACUCACGAAAUAGAGGUGUUUUCAGCUCAGCCGCUGCACCCCAGUAUGCCUCUACUCCAACCCACGACUAAGUCACUACUUCAGCCGACCGGCACCCAGGAAGUAGAGGUGCUUUCAGGUCAACCUUCAUCUAAGCCGCCGCACCCCAGUAUACCUCUAUCCCAACCCACAACUAAGUCCCCACGUCAGUCGAUCGGCACCCAGAAAAUAGAGGUGCUUUUAGCCCAGCAUUCAUUUCAGCCGCCCCACCUUAGUAUGCCUCUACUCCAACCCACGACUAAGUCACCACUUCAGCCGCGCGGCCCCCAGGAAAUUGAGCUGUUUUCAGGUCAACCUUCAUCUCAGCCGCUGCACCUCAGUAUGCUUCUACUCCAACCCACGACUAAGUCCUCACGUCAGCCGAUCGGCACCCAGAAAAUUGAGGUGCUUUUAGCCCAGCCUUCAUCACAAGCGUCACAGCCCAGUAUGCAUCUACACCAACCCACGACUAAGUCACCACGUCCGUCGACCGGCACCCAGAAAAUAGAGGUGCCUUUAUCUCAGCCGUUGCGUCUCAGUAUGCCUCUACUCCAACCCACGACUAAGUUAUUACUUCAGCCGACCGGCUCCCAGGAAAUAGAGGGCCUUUCAAGUCAACCUUCAUCUCAGCAGUCGCAUCUUAAUAUGCCUCAACUCCAACCCACGACUAAAUCACCACUUCAGGCGACCGGCACCCAGAAAAUUGAGGUCCUUUCAACCCAGCUUUCAUCUCAACCGUCACAGCCCAGUAUGCCUCUACUCCAACCCACGACUAAGUCACCACAUCCGCCGACCGGCACCCAGAAAAUAGAGGUGCUCUCAGCUCAGCCUUUAUCUCAGCAGUUGCACCUUAGUAUGCCCCUACUCCAACCCACGACUAAGUCACCACUUCAGGCGACCAACACCCAGAUAAUUGAGGUGCUUUCAGCCAGGCCUUCAUCUCAACCGUCACAGCCCAGUAUGCCUCGACUCCUACCCACGACUAAAUCGCAACUUCAACCGACCGGCACCCGGGAAAUAGAGGGCCUUUCAGGUCAACCUUCAUCUCAGUCGCCGCAGCUCAGUAUGCCUCUACUCCAACCCACGACUAAGUCACUACUUCAGGCGACCGACACCCAGAAAAUAGAGGUGCUUUCAGCCCAGCUUUCAUCUCAACCGUCACAGCCCAGUUUGCUUCUACUCCAACCCCCGACUAAGCCGCGACUUCAGCCGACCGGCACUCAGGAAAUAGAGGGCCUUUCAGGCCAACCUUCAUCUCAGCCACCACAGCUCAGUAUGCCUCUACUCCAACCCUCGACCAGGUCACCAGGUCCGCCGACCGGCACCCAGAAAAUGGAGGUGCUUUCUGAUCAGCCUUCAUCUCAACCGCCACACUCCAGUAUGCCUCUACUCCAACACACGACUAAGUCGCCACUUCAGCCGACCAGCUCAACUCCGCCCCCGACAACCGAAAUGCUUUCCGCCCAUCUUAUUAAAGGGCUUACACCUCCGCAGCCCAGCGUGACUGCACUCCAGCCGAAGAGUGGCUCGUUAUCUCAGAUAAUCGGCGGGACGCCGUCCCAGCCGAUCGGCGUGCUUUCUACCCAGCCUGUUGCCAAGCAUACGCCUCCGCUGACCAGUAAACCUCUACUUCAACCGACCAGCGUACUUUCAUCCCAGCCGACUAGCGUGCUUUCAGUCCAGCACUCCAACCGGCCUCAGCAUACCGACGGCCAUCUAUUUCAACCUCCAUACCAGGUUCCCGGUGAGUUUCCACCUCAACCAUUUCGUGAAUUUCUACCUCGGUAUCCUGGCGGACAUCCAUGUGUGUCGACUACCAUAAUUCCGUGCAAGAAAAUCGCCGAUCAUAGUUGUUCUAACCAAACCAAACAAACCAAAUGUGUAAAGACACUGCCGCCGCAAAAAACUCCCCGAUACGAUUAUAGUUUGAGGGACUUAGCAAUAAUAUCAUAUGAACUCGUAGAAAUUCAGCGCGCCUGCGAUGCUAGGUUGCUACUAGAACGCGCUAAGCAGCAACUUCUAUCCGCGGAACAGAAGCAGUCCGUUAGCGACCAUGGCGAUGGCAAUAUGGAAACCAAUUCAAAUACUCUAAGCAAAGUGGGCACUCACAACAUUGCGAAAAGUCAAUCCGAUGCAGAACAAGAUUCAGUUAGCACUCAUGAUAAUGCGAAGAUCAAAUAUAAUCCAAAUAGGGAUUCAGAUCAGCCACAAGGAUCCGAUUUGGAGAAAAAAUAGAAAAAACCUCGAACACGUGAUUUCUAUUUCCAG